ACUACCACCCCAACUACAACUACCGCACCAACUACAACUACCAACCCAACUACAACUCCCACCCCAACUACAACUACCACCCCAACUACAAUAACAACAACUUUGCCCCCUAUUAUCAAUGGCACGCCUCAAAUGCUUAUUAACGUUCAGGCUAAUAUGGUGUUAGACGUGUAUAACGGCUACCUUACCGAUUUCACCCAAAUACAAACGUAUCAUAUCGGACCAAAUUGCAGCGGAAUAGCGGAAGUGUGGAGGCUGGAAUUCCAAACCUUGACUUCCACGUAUAUAAUUCGAUCAGCACUUAGUGGAUCAAACGCGUGGCAGCAUUCCAUGCACACAAAUGGAACAGCACCUUAUCUUCAUUUAGGCGUAUCUAGCGACGCCUACUGGUUCGUGGUACGAGUGAGCGGUACCAAUCACUGGAAUAUAUACAACCGCGAUUACAAUUCAACCGGGCGCAGUAGUCUGCGAAAUACUGGCAUUACCUCGGGAAACGGGGGUAGAAAUCUGGAACUGGCCCCCUUGGACCCGUCGGACAUCGCACAACGGUGGGAAUUAUUCGUAUGUCCGUAAACAUUGCUGAAAGAGGAAUGAAGUACGCUAUGAAUUUUGCAGAAUUGUGUUUCUGAAUGUUAUUGUUUAUUUAAACCUGUUUUGUAUAUA